AUGAGCGCCACCUCCGGUCGGCAAGAUGGCGGCCCGAUGGCACAAGCGUCUUCUGGUCUGAGUGCGACAGCUGUCACCCCCGAUCUUCAAGCUGCCAUCCAAUCGCUCUCCGCCGACGGCUCUGCCUGGGUUACGAUAACACUAGCGCAGAACAAGACUCCAGAACUUGUCGGUUCCUCCGCAACCGCCGGCAGCAGUCCAACGAAGGAGUCACUACUCGACGCUGUUGCUGAUGACAAAAUAACGUUUGGGUGUUUCCGAGCGAGUAGCGGGAAACUGUAUGGUUUUGUAUGUGUGGGGGACAGCGCUCCCGGUAUGGCCAAAGCGAAGCAGAUGAUGCACAAGAACGCGGUCAUGAACCUCUUUGAGGGGAAGCACGGAGAAAUACAUGUGGAAGGCGUUUCGGAGUUUAAACAGGAAGUGGACAAAGUUUGGCCAUGA